AGCCUUUUCCUGGAAGGAGGAGAAGUUCAGUCUUGUCCGGGUUAAUUUUCAGGUGGUGUGACAGUCAGACAAAGCUUUAUUAUUCAGUAAGAUGGAAGAUGACAGAUGACAUUAUAGCAGAGCAGAGAAAGCAUUUUAAAACAUGAUGACCUUUAGAAAAUGAAGCUGAAUCAGUAGAUAAGCAGACAAUGUAUCAAUGGAGCCAAAAAUAAUGGCUGAUGUAUUUUUUCGGUACUUUCCUUAAGAUUAGAUAUUUCGUCCCAACCAAUCAGAGAAUCGUUCACUGUUUUCCGUAACCAAUCAUAAUGUUCCAGCAGCGGGCGUAAGUCUGUCUCUGGAGUUUCUUAUGUUUAAAGAUGGAAAGUUAAAGAGGAAAUUAAUCAGAAAGUACCCUCCACUCUCUGGUACUUUUGAUCAGACUUUUAACAAAAUAACAUUUUUUCCAUUGCACUUAAACAGUAAGACAGAUAGGCAGUUAGAAUAGUAAUGUUAAUAUUAAUUACAAUAAGCUCCAUAAUGUCCUACAAACUCACCUCUCAGCACUGGCUUCUUCAUCUCAACAAUGAAGAAUAUAUGAGAGUAUAUAUAGAGAGACUUUCCAUGAAUUGAAUAAGGUAUUGGCUUCAGUGGCCACAUAGUUUUGUUAAAUAUUUGAGCAGAAAUAACCAACUGGCUGACCCUGAUUUGACUGCUGAGGCUGUUGAUACAGACAUAUGUGACUGAAAUCAAGUUAAAUUGACAGUAUUAUGAAUGUUAGGAUGUAUGGCUAUUACUACAGCAAAUAUGUAUUACUAUUGUGUUAUAGUAAUGUUGUGGUAUGUUUUUGUGUGUCAUGUUAUGUUACAUUAUGCUAAAUUAUUACUACUACUACAAGAGGUGUUACUUCCUAAAUUGCAGGAUUGGAGAUUUGUAUACAUUUUUACAAUAUGAUCUGUACUCUAUUCCAAUGAAUACCGUAGCUUCACCUGUGUUGUAAAACAAUACAUGUGUGUUUUCAAUAUAUAAUAUACAAUAUGUAAAACAAAUGCAUUACCUCUUUAUCUCAUACGGGAAUUGAAAUUCCUUUACAGGGUGAACAUUCUGUUUUAGGGAUUUUCCCAGAUUAGAAAUCUUCAUUCAUAUUCAAUGUAAAGAUUACAUUUUAUUAAGUUUAGUAAAUGAACCCUAUAUGGUCAAUUCUUCAACUAAGACAAGUUGUGGAAGAUGUGUGUUUAAUGGCCACUGCCUUCCACUUUUUUUCAAUGACAAUUUCUUAAAACGCACGCACCCCUUUUUUGGGGGGUAUUGUUUAGUCUAUGUAAACAUGAAGGUCGGAUCAUUAGCAGCUAAACAACCCAGGGGGUUCGAGUGGGGUGAGGGGGGCGUGGCUUGCACGAGCGCGCAUGAGGAGCAAUAGAAGAGUGGUGGCGUUUGUUUGGGGUCAGUUAGCCGCUCCUUGGAAGACGGACCGUGAACAUCAACGCGAGGAGGCAGCUGUCCUGUGCGGAGACGUCUCGUGCGGAAGAAAGUCGCGUCCCCCAUUUUCAUCUCACCUUUUCUUCUGGGGCAACGAGUCGUUGUAGUACAUUUAGCCUCUGCUAGCCAAACAAGAUUGUCUCCUGGCCAGUUUGUGGUGAACACGUGGAGUUGCAGCCCCUUGCCGGUGACAUGGUAGGAUGGACACUUCUUUUUAUUGAGAGGGAGGGUUAUGCAUACAGCCUGUGAGGAGGAACACACGGUUAUUUCUACCAUGCGUGGACGGCUGCAACCACAAGAGGUCAGACGCGUGUGUGUGUGUGUGUGUGAGUGUGUUGUGUUGUGUUGUGUGUGUGUGUGUGUGUGAGAGAGGUAUGCUUAACCAUGCAUAUGACAUCUGUAUUUAAUUUUGAUCAAUCUAUACAUAUCUGUUGAAUUUCAAAGCAUUCAACUAACUGUAACUUGGUGUGGGACUUUUUCACGGCCAGUGAUGGAAAGUACUGUACUUUAGUCAAAUGUUGAUGCUACUUUCUAUUCCACUACAUUUCAGAGGUAAAUAUUGUACUUUUUUUCCCCCCUUCUCCACAUUUAUUUAUAUUGAGUAAAUUAAAUACAAGAAUAUAGUACAUCUUACAUGUUAAUGCAUCAAUAUUAAUAAUAAUCUAAUAUUAUAAUGUAGCACCGAAAGAGCCCAUUUGGCUGCAUAGUCGACUAUUUUUACUUUUCAUAUUUUAAAAGAUUUUUUUUUAAAAACACAACCUUUUAGUCAUUUUUAAACCUUACUUUGUGUUUCUAUCCUGUUUUCCGAGAGGCUGUAAACAUUAAAGCAUUUGCGUUUGGUGUAUUACUCUACUCAAAUUAUGGCUCUGAGGGUUUUUUCUUUCUCUUUGCUGUCUUUCAGAAAUUUUAACUUUAGACUUUUGUAGACCAGAGGCCUACAACGUUGUCCUUUCAAAACUAGAAGGACCACAAUGCUGUCGGAUAAACCCCUCAGAAGAACGCCUAGUGAUUUUGACCUGAUGAUGGAUUCCACAGCUUCCAGACAGCAAACCAAAACAAAGCAUUUCCAUUCCUCCGUUUUAAACAAUUAAAUCGGUAAUUUAAUAUUUUGUAUUAUUUUCUUUUGUAUAGGUGUGUGUACUCUAUUUCCAAGUGUUUAUUUUGAGGUGAACUAUUAAAAAUGGCUCCUGGAAUGGAGGUGGUGGACGUAGCUGUAGUCGCCCUGUAUUUUGUCCUGGUAUUAGCCAUUGGGUUUUUUGCCAUGUGGAAAGCCAAUCGCAGCACUGUGAGUGGCUACUUCCUGGCUGGACGCUCUAUGACGUGGAUAGUGGUAGGUGCGUCACUAUUUGUCAGCAACAUUGGCAGUGAACACUUCAUAGGCCUGGCUGGGUCAGGUGCGGCAAGUGGCUAUGCUGUUGGAGCAUUUGAAUUUAAUGCCCUUCUACUUCUGCAGCUGCUUGGCUGGGUUUUUGUCCCUGUGUAUAUACACUCGGGAGUCAACACCAUGCCCGAGUACCUGUCCAAACGCUUCGGUGGCAACAGGCUCAAGGUUUACUUUGCUUUCUUGUCCUUAUUAUUAUAUAUUUUUACCAAGCUGUCUGUGGACUUAUUUGCUGGAGCUCUCUUCAUUCAAGAGUCUCUGGGUUGGAACAUUUAUGGGUCUAUUGUCCUGCUCAUUAGUAUGACUGCACUGCUCACUGUCACUGGUGGGUUGCUGGCAGUACUCUACACGGAUUCACUUCAGGCAGUGUUGAUGAUUGGUGGAGCCCUAACCUUAAGCAUCCUUAGCCUGAUCAAAGUUGGUGGCCUAGAGGGUGUCAGAACUAAGUACAUGCUGGCAGUUCCCAAUGUUACUGCAAUAAUGGCCUCGGGAAACUUCACCUAUUCUCCUUCCUGCAGAAUUGACCCGAAACCAAAUGCUCUACGUGUCCUUCGGGGUCCCCUGGAUGAAGACAUCCCAUGGCCAGGCUUCCUUCUUGGCCAGACCCCUGCAUCUAUUUGGUACUGGUGUGCAGACCAGGUCAUUGUUCAGAGAGUACUUGCAGCAAAGAACAUCGUUCAUGCUAAGGGUGCUACGCUAAUGGCUGGAUUGCUCAAGAUCCUUCCCAUGUUUCUAAUUGUCAUUCCAGGAAUGAUCUCCCGCAUCCUGUUUGCGGAUGAGCUCGCCUGCAUUGGGCCGGAGCACUGCAUGUCUGUGUGUGGUUCUCAGGCCGGCUGCUCCAACCUUGCCUACCCACGCCUGGUCAUGGCAGUGAUGCCUGUGGGACUCAGGGGUUUGAUGAUGGCGGUCAUGAUCGCUGCCUUGAUGAGUGAUCUAGACUCGAUCUUCAACAGCGCGAGCACCAUCUUCACACUGGACAUCUACAAAACCGCUCGAAGCAAGGCUUCUCAGCGCGAGCUGCUGAUUAUGGGCCGCUUGUUUGUUGUGCUCAUGGUGGUAAUAAGCAUUGCCUGGGUCCCUGUUAUUAUUGAAAUGCAAGGUGGACAGACAUACCUCUACAUCCAGGAGGUUGCUGGCUAUCUCACUCCACCAAUUGCUGCCCUUUUUCUGUUAGGUGUGUUCUGGAAACGGUGCAAUGAGAUAGGUGCAUUUUGCGGAGGGAUGACGGGUCUCGCACUCGGUAUCGUGCGACUGGUCCUAGUUUUCAUCUACCGCCAGCCUCGCUGCGACCAGCCAGAUGAUAGGCCUGCCUUCAUCGUUAAAAUUCACUACAUGUAUUUUGCUUCUGGGCUGUUCUGGAUUUCAGGGUUUGUGGCGGUGGUGGUCAGCCUCUGCACCUCUCCACCAGAUGAAGAGCAGGUCCGUACCGCCACAUUCUGGGGGCUCCGCGACGUUGAAACGGUUCCCACAAAGGACAGAAAGAACAUUUACAGGUUGACUGAAAAGAGCCAUUGUAGUGCAGACAACGGCCUCCAUGAAGAAAUGCUCCCAGCUGUCAGAGAGGAGAAGUGUUUGGAGGGGACACAUGUCAUGCCCCUGGUCCCAUCCGCUGACUAUGACCCAGAAACCCCGAGUACGGAAACAUCCCCCGUCGUCACCCCUCCAGAACAAUUUGGCAGUGCAAGAGUAGAGAUGAUCAGUAGGGAGACUAGCAGGAGUAUGCGUUUACUGGAAUGGUUUUGUGGAUUCAAGGAGGGAGCACAGAGUUCAAAGGAAAACGUUGUGUGGGAGGAUGCAAGAGUCAUUGCAGAGAGGCUGUACGAGCCCCCUAGAAUUAAAACUCUCCUCAACGUGGGUCUGCUUAUCAACUUGUGUUUGGCCAUCUUCAUGUAUGUUUACUUCUCACUGUAGUUGAAGUCUGCACUGAACCAAUUCACUGGUGUGACUGUUUUUUAUUUAGGUGUUGGUGGCUGUUUGAAACAAACAAUUUAAUUUCAAAAGAAUUGAGACGCUCUCUCUGUGAUUCAAUUGUCUUCUGUUGCUCUCUCUAACAAGAUCUAAGAUCACUCUAAUCGGUUGAUUUAAAUGGAGACAUCUUUGCCACAUAAAAUCAAUUUUAAUCCUUAAUGACUGAAGCUUAUUUGACUAGUUUGUGUCCUUGUUAGCGCUUGUAGUAAUCCUACAUUUAGAAUAUGUAGGCUCAUUGUUUUUGUGUACUCUAUGAUUUCAAUAUUUGCCUUAUUUGACAUGCACUUGUUUAUUUCUGUGAAAAUGAAAUGUAUUCUGUGAUUUAUGUUUUUUUCCCCCUCUAUUUUAGUUGAUGGCGACUGUAGGCUUAGUUGCACAGGAAAUGAAGAGAAGAAGCACAACAUUAGAAAUUGUUAAGCCUUUUUUUAAUUAUUAAUAUUUCUUUUCAUCCUAACUUGUAACAAUAACCCACAACCAAUGAACAUGUUUCUGUAUCCAUUUAUACUUUAUGAAUAUCUCCUUGUAUGAUUCAAAAGUGUUGAGUCUGUUAACAACGUGUCUGCUGUAAUUCAGGCCUCAUGUAGCAAGCUGUUGUGUAUCUACUGUGUGUCAAUGUACCGUUAGUGCAGUGCAAUUAAUCGUGUUUACAUUGCAUCUUUUACACACCGCUUUUACUAAAUGUGUCUUAGUAUGCAAUGCUAAAAUAAAAUAAAAAAAAUCAAGAAUUCUGUUUCACUUCCUGAAAUUAGAGGGCGGUGAAUUUAGAGGAUUAAGUGAUGAUUGCUUUGGGGGAAAGUGCUUUACAUUGUUUUCUUUCUCACUGAGAGAAUAUACAUUUUUAUUUUGUAUGACUUAAAAUAAAAUUCCCA